AUGUCAGCUUAUUACAGUACAUUAGCUUUCAGACAGGUUCCGUUGAAUAUUAGUAAAUUACUAACUAUACAAAGUACUAGAGCAUAUUCAUUAUCAAAAUCACAAUAUAGUUAUAAAAUUCAAACCAGUUUAACUGGUAACAGAAGACUACCUAUUCAGAGAUAUUUGAACAGUGGAUCAAAUUCCAUUAAAUCACACAUUACCCCUAAUCGGAACUUCAGAAAUUUUAAUCGAGUGAUCAUCCUGGGAGCGAUUACUGUUGCAUUUGGCUCAUAUAUGGCAACAAAAAAUGAGAGUAGUUCUAAUACUGAAGUUAAAAAGCCAGUACGAAUCUUCGAUAAUGAUUGGUGGCAAUUCUAUUAUUCUACAUUACCUUUAAAUUUUGUAUCACGUCUGUGGGGGAAAGUCAAUUCAUUGACAUUACCAGUUUCAAUUAGAUCUUCAUGCUUCCAAUUUUAUUCAUCAUUGUUUAAUGUAAAUUUAGAUGAAAUGGAAGAUCCUGAAUUAAAAAAUUAUAGCAAUCUGGGUGAGUUUUUCUAUAGAAACUUAAAGCCAGGCUCAAGGCAAAUCGAUCACAGAGAUAAUGUAAUUGUAAGUCCAAGCGAUGGUACUGUAAUACAGUUUGGGAAAAUUGAUUCGGAAACUGGCGAAAUUGAACAAGUUAAGGGUAUGACUUAUUCCAUAAAAGAAUUUUUGGGGUCCCACGAUAACCCUUAUUUAACUAGUAGUCCAAGCUCUGAUGAUUUUAAAGGGCAUGAUGCUUCAUUAGAUAGUAAUGAGCUUUCUGACGGCAAGAAAAGCUUCACUGGAGGAAAGGAAUUUGAUCACAAUAUCAAUUUCUCCUAUGAAGGUGAAACCUUGAAUUCUGAUAUAGAGAUUCCAAUAAGUAAAACGUUUACUAUCAUCAAAGAUCUAGUUUUGAAUUAUGAGUUGCCAAACAGGCAACUAGCUGAGCCAUCCAAAACUGAGCUAUUCUACGCCGUGAUAUAUUUGUCGCCUGGUGAUUAUCACCAUUACCAUUCCCCUGUAAAUUGGGUCUGUAAUCUGCGCAGACAUUUUCCUGGUGAGCUCUAUUCAGUUUCACCAUUUUUUCAGGAAAGAUUCCCAAAGCUAUUUGUUUUAAAUGAGAGAGUUGCUUUGUUGGGUCAAUGGAAUUAUGGCUUCUUUAGUAUGACACCCGUUGGAGCUACAAACGUUGGAUCUAUUACAUUAAAUUUUGAUAAAGGCUUAACUACUAAUAUUAAACAGUAUAGUGGUGGUAAAGUACCUUUACAUACAUGUUAUGAAUCUACAUAUAGAAAUGCAAGCACAUUAUUGAAAGGUAUUCCUCUUUUAAAAGGAGAAGAAAUUGGGGGAUUCAAAUUAGGUAGUACUGUCGUAUUGUGUUUUGAAGCACCAUCUGCAUUUAAGUUCCAACUUCAAAUAAAUCAAAAAGUUAAGAUGGGAGAGCUUAUUGGAUCAAUUGAAGAGACUGACUAA